AUGGUUUUGAUACAAAAGGACUUCUGCUAUCGGCAACGAAGGGGAAAAGAAGUGAUCUACGACGAUUGUGUACUCAAGGACUCUUUGUCCUUAGUUUCCUGGCACAUCGAGGAGGGCCCAAAGGUGGAAUACGAGAAGCUGCUCAGAGGAUUACGAGACUGUGCUGACCGUGCCUCGAAGCCGGGCACGACAAAAUUUGAUCGAAUUUCGAAGACCACCAAGGAGUUGUUCGAAAGAAGAAGGGCUUUGAGGAGGUUUGAUCCGAAUGCACCGCACAUCGAGCGGUUAUUAGCAAACACUAGGAGCAGAAAAGUCGUUGCAGGAGGAUCUUUUGAAAUACAUGCAAAAGAAUAUUCUGGAACCAGCACAAAGAAGAACGAGUCUAAAGAGGUGCCGCAGGGAUCUCCGCGGAUAAAAUAUUCCGCUAGCAGCCUUGCUGAGCGAAGACAGGACUCGCACCUCUUCUCGUGGUAA